ACGCCUAAAAAGUUAACAAAAGCUGCUUUCGUAUUGCGUCGCCAUCAGAAUGUUUUCACAAUACCUGCUUAGAUAUGUCAGUGUUUGUCUCAUUUUGGCACUUUGCAAGAUAUCCACAGCUUAUUUUAGCUUUCAAUGUCCUGUUCAGGCAAAUUGGAAACAUAGAGAAGAAUCAGUGUGUGAUUCUGGCGACAGCUACUUUUGUUUGCAUGAUCAGAACGAACAUACUUAUACCGAAUUUUGUAAGAAACAUCCUGAUAUUGAAGCACCAGGUCAAAAGCUGAUAGUCGCUGGGUCAUUUCAAGGGACGCUGCAAGGAGCGGAUUGUGACAAUGAUUUCUACCAGCCAUUUCAAUUUUUGUCUUCCGGUAACAGUCGCUGUGUUUAUAAAAAAUCUUACUGCAAUGAGGAAGGACAAAUAAUUUCAAGUAAUGGUACAGUGAAAACGGAUAGUGUAUGUCGCUGUGAUUACACAAGAGGUUUUGACUUCAUAGUAAGGCCCAAACAUCGAUGUGAUUGUGUACCAGCAAAGGAAGAUUGCUCCUGUUACCUUAAGUUAUGUUCCUCUAAUGAAAUGUUAUCACCAGAUUAUGAGUGUCUAGAUAGGAAUAAGUGGAAAACAAGUUUUAAGUGCGAUGCAAUUGUAACUGUCGUGUUGCCUGAAAAUACCGAUACACUAUCGACUGUCAUUCCAUGGUUUGGACCUUAUUUACCAGUGAACUACGGCAUAGCGAAGUAUAGAAAGGGAGCACGUGUCGCAGUUACGGUGCUUAUAAGCAUGAUAAUUAUUGCAUUGGUUUUUAAGAUUCUUGCUUCAAAGUAUGUUGCGUUAAGAAUAAAAACCCACGCAAAAGAUUUAGCAAAUAUAACGCUAAUACAUAUUGACGAAAACAAUCAGGAUAACAUUCCAACUGUUACAUGUAGUUUAAGCAAAACAAGUCAUGAGUUUAUAAGAAUAAAUGAUGCUGUAACAGACGAAGAACAUAUAUUCAACAGAUUCAGAAAGCUGGAAUAUGAUAACUUACAAGAUUUUCAAAAUGAAACACUUCAAGACUGGACCAGUAAACUGAAAAAGUUUGUUAUUACAGCAGCGACAAACUUUAUUUAUAAUAGUAUACAGACGAACAGGGUGAUUUUAAUAGUAGGACCAACUGGUGCUGGUAAAUCGGCAAAUGCUUAUCAUGCAUCAUUCAGAUUAAAGGAUGAACAUGGUUAUACAGUUACUCCUGUUAGGCAACCAAAAGAAGUUACAAACUACCUUGUUCCUGGUACAAAACAAAUUUUUAUCGUUGAUGAUUUUAUUGGAAAAUAUACCGUUCAUGAAACGGAUGUUGUUUCAUGGGAAAAUAGUGGACCAUUACUCAAAACGCUCUUCAAUAAUAAUAACCACACAAAACUAAUUUUCACAGUCAGAACAUACAUUUGGCAACAACAACAGUAUACAAACUUAAGUAUACCAUUUUAUAAGUGUGAUUUAUUAUCGGAAGAGCUGAAGCUGUCACUUGAAGAGAGAUGGAAUAUCUGCAGAGUGUAUAUAAAUACAGUUGAUGCAACAGCUUUUAAUGAUGACGAAACUGUGAUGUAUAAUUUUCUCCCAUUGUUAUGCUCGACGUAUUCAUCUUUGCCAAAAUGUCCUAUUAAACAAUUCUUUAUAGUUCCUUAUCAAAUUAUUGAAGACGAAAUGAAUAACUUCAAGACCAAAUCAUAUGUUAGCUUAUUUGCUUUGGCUUUUCUUGCCAUCAAACAAAGGAUUGCAAAGAACUCACUCACUAUCGAUAAUCAUGAGCAUAAUGAACUACUGCAAGAUUUGUUUCAUGAAUCCACUUUCCUUCAAUAUCCUUCUAAAAAUUUAUUAAUGUCGACUUUAGCUGCUUUCAAGGGAGAAUACAUUAAAGAAUCGGACGGUUGCAUAGAGUUUGUCCAUGAAACUAUGCAAAACAUAGUUCUGUGUUGCAUUGCAAAAACAUUCAUUCAAUCAGUUAUUAAACAUGGUAAAACUGAAGUCAUUUUAAAUCAGAUUAAGUUAGAAUCUGUGAAUGAAGAAACAAAUUUCUUUGCAGUUCACGUUAAAGCGCAAAGUGAAGAUGCAUAUUUCCGACGACUUGUUUCUGAAUUGAAUAAAGGAUUGCAUAAAGACGUUUUUGAAAGUGCACAAAAUGUAAUUCCACAAUUCCGGGUAAAGUUUCUGGAAUAUAUAAAACAAUAUAUAACACGUAAUGAAUUGACAAAAACACAAAACGGUAUGACAGCCCUUCAUGUUGUGUCCGCUCUAGGAUAUCAUGAAUACUCUUCCUUUUUUAUCCAUGAUCAACAGAUGAUUAAUGAAAGGGACACCGCUGGCAAUAUACCAUUACAUUUAGCUUGCAUUAAAGGGCAUCUACAAAUUGUAAAAGACCUUGUUAAUAACAAAUCUUUCAUUGAUGUUCCUAACAACGAGGAAUUAGGCCCAUUUUUUUAUGCUUGUGAAAAGGGUUUUUUCAAAGUCGUAGAGUACUUGUUACAGUACUCGGCUAAGGGGAUCAGAGUAAAUGAAAAAUAUAAAAAAAAGAAAAAAAGAUGUGUUCUUCACGUGGUUUGUGCAAAUGGAUAUACAAAUCUUGCCACAUUAUUGCUUAUAAACAAUGCAGAAGUAGAUGUUAAAGAUGAGGAUGGAUGUACACCGUUACAUUUAGCCUGUUACAAUGGCCAUUCUAAAACAGUUACAGCUUUACUAAAUGGUAAUGCAAAUGUGGAAGCGAAAGAUUCCUCUGGCAAAACCUCUGUAUAUAUUGCAUGUGAUGAAAAUCAUGAAAUGGUUCUAAAACAUUUGCUUGAUAGAAAAGCCGAAGUCAAUCACAAAACUGAUAGUGAAAUGACACCUCUUCGUGUUUCUUGUAGAAAUGAAAAUAUUAGCAUAGUAAAAAUGCUUUUAGAGAGAAAAGCUAAAGUCAACAGUCAUAAACCAUGCACUGUAGCUUUACACGAAGCAUGCAAAACAGGCAAUGCGAGUAUAAUAAACAUCUUGAUUGAAGCAAAAGCGUCAGUAAAUCACAAAACAAAAGAGGGAAUUACACCUCUCCAUCAAGCUUGCAUGCAAGGGCAUGAUAAUGUUGUAAAAGUACUGUUGGAUAAUACACCCAACGUUAAUAAACAAGACAAACAUGGGUUGACUGCUCUUUAUUAUAGUUCUUCUAAAGGUUUUCCUACAACUGUUGAUUUGCUACUUGCAAACGGGGCAAGUAUCAACAUCUGUGAUGAGGAUCAAGUAACUCCACUAAUGAUUGCUUGCAAGGAGAAUCACACAGAUGUGGUAGAUUUAUUGUUGCGUUCAAAGGCAGAUGUUAAUCAUUGCGAUAAAGAUAAUUGUUCAGCACUUACAUUUGCUUGUAUAAACGGGAAUAAAGAUGUGGUUAAAUUAUUAUUGAAAUACAGUGCUGAAAUAAAUUUGGCCGACAAAUAUAAGAUAAGCCCUCUUCAUACAGCAUGCAAUUACAAUAAAACAAAUAUAGUUAUGGAACUGCUAAAUAACAAGGCGAAUAUAAACGCUCGAGACACAUUUGGACAGACGCCUCUGUUUAAAUCAAGUUGCAACGGAUGUAUCGAAAUUGUAGAUAUCCUUCUCCGCUAUGGAGCAUCUGCAGAUAUAUGUGACAAAUCAGGGACAUCGCCAAUGGACAUUGCUAAUAAAAAUGGAAAAACAUAUGUUGUUGAAAUCUUCAGGCAACACAUAGGAACUUAUUCAAAAUAAAUACAAUGAAGUAACUAUGUUCAAAUAUUAUAACUAUAACAAAGUGAGAAAAGAAAUUACUGAUUAAAUCGUUUUUACGACACUGGUGAUGCUCAUAUAAAGUAAAUUUUCAUUGCUAAGACAUGGAAUGAUUAUUAAAAUCAUCAUUUGUGUCAUAGGAUCUAUUUUAAUUCUAAUUCGAUCUAAUUAUUUAAUGACAAUGUCUAACACACGUUCAUGGGAUGUAAAAUUCGAUAUCAAAAUUGUGUACUCACACGAGAAAAUUAUCCAAUAGACAGGAUAUCUGUGAAUAAUUCAUGACAUUUAUAUACGUAAUACAUAAUUUUAAAAAAAUAUUUUGUAAAAGAACUUUUAGUUUCUGUAAAACAAUACAAUGUACCAUAUUUUGCCAACUUGUUAAACUCAAACAUUUAAUGUAUUUUACAAAAAAAAUUAUGUAUUUCAUGAUAAAAUAUCAGAUUUCCAUUAGUUAAUGUGUGUGUGUGUGUGUGUGUGUGUGUGUGUGUGUGUGUGUGUGUGUGUGUGUGUGUGUGUGUUGGUAACAUAUUGUGAUGUUAAACUGAUGUUUUAACUAAAUUGUAAUAAGAAAAAAAUUGUAAACGAAAACUAAUAGUUGAAAUGAUAAUCUCAAAAUAUGCAGUACAUAGCAUUAAAUUAAACAAACUAGUAGAUGAGAAGGCGAUUGAACAUUGUUUUUUUUUUUUCUCGACAAAGAAUUUUUAACCUUGGCUUCAACUCAAAGAAUAUGUUUUUUUUAACUAUGCUGUAUAAUCCUCUCUGCCAUGAUAUCCAUAUAGCAGUAAUUUGUUAUGAAUAUGUAUUGCAAGUCUAACGGUUAUUUCUUUACUAGUAAAAUACAUCGACUGUUUAGAAACUGUAAAGGUUAAUAGAUAAGACAAGGAAAUUCAGAUGGCCUGGAACACUUACUUUACUAAUAAUUUGUGAGUAUAUCGUAUCUUUGGACACAUGUUAUAAACUGUUCAUUCUUUUUACAGCGAGGCGAAAGACACCAAACGGACAUUCAAAAUCACACCUCGAAAAUAAAAUGACAACGUCAUGGCUAAAAAAGAAAAAUACAAACAGAACAACAACAGUGCACAAAACAUACGUCCGACCAAAAACCGCUGUUAUAGUAGUGUUUUUUUACAACUAUAACUUCUUACGUCCAUUUGCUUGAAUAAAAAUGGCCAAAAUGUGAAUGAUGGCGACCUGCUAUCCUUCCAAAAUCAAAAUGCCAUAUCUAUCGCAAUUUAGCUGAAAAUUUUCCCGUUGCUCGCCUUACUUUAAAACAAUUUGUUGCUUUAUAAAACCAUAUAUUGAAGAAAACAAGGCAAUUUAGAAUUAUUGCAUGAUAAUUUUAUUGACGUAUAAUAUACUCGUCAAAACUAUUCUGGAUUCGAUAUUUUGACGCGUUAUUUAGAACGAUUUUUCAUUUAGGCGAAUAAAAAAUAAAGAGAUUUAAUGCCUUGUAAGGCAAUUUGUCGAAAAAAUUAAAUCGCAGUACUAGUAACUAGAAAUAACAAAAUAUAUCGCCAUCUUUGAUUAUAAGUAUUAAAACGAGGGUAAAAUACGCUUCCGUAUAUUUCGACAAGUUGACUUCAACAUGAUGAUUUGAUUCCAGCUUAAAACACACAACAUAACUUAUAAUUCCGACUUAUGUGCAACUAAAUAACUUUACAAGGGGUGUCCCUAAUGCACUUCCAAACCUUUGUAAUACUGUAAAUGUUCCCCUAACAACAUAUGUGUAGUUUUUGGCAAUAUUUUAUCGACAGGUUGAAUGUAUUCAUAUACUUAACGUUGCAUCCCUUAUUGUCACACUUGCUACUGUAUUGCUAUAAAUCACAUUAAAACAAACAUCAGUUAUAAUUCGUCUUAUUUCCAUUUUAAUACAGACAUUUUAAAUAACACUUACUGAUAAUGAUAAUAAUUCCUGUUUUACUUGUUUUAAUUUGUCUCUUUUACGGCUACCACAGAAUUAUUGUUAGUCUACUACAGAAUUAUAUAUUUUUAACUUUGUUUUCACUUCCAAAAAUAUAUCAUUGUUCAUUUAACAUCUUCUUUAAAUUUGUAAUUUCAUUGUGUGAUUUAUUUCAAAAACAAUUCUGUUGAGGUUGAAUCUAAUGAUGCAUCUUAAAACUGGCUGCUAGCGUAGUGGCUGUUAGCGAGUUGCUGCUAGCUUGAGCCUAGCAUUUCUAAAUAUUAAAAAUCUAAGAAAGUUGAAAGGAUAGGUAGACUAAGACCCAUUGGUGGCCUUCGGCUGUUGUCUGCUCUAUGGUCAGGUUGUUGUCUCUUUGACACAUUCCCCAUUUCCAUUCUCAAUUUUAAGGUAAUUAAUUAUACUUAAAUGUGACAUGUACAAAACAUGUUAAUAUCCUCUUUCGUAGCCAGUUAUAAUUUAAUAACAAAAAAAUUGCAAAAAAUUCGGGAGGGGAUGGUCUUAUAGAUUUGCCUCUCACUAUUGCAAGUAAGUAAUGCGGGCAUGGUCCCUUUUCCCGGCUCCUACACCUCUGCAUUUUUGUACAUUCCAAGAAAAAAGUAAUCAACAAAAAUAUGAAUAAUAGAUUUAAGACAUUCAAAAAGUCAACGACGUCUCAAACUGAAUUAAGAAGGAGUAAUAAGAAAAACGUAAAUACAACAUAUAUGAAUAUGUCAGCAUUUAAUAAAGAACAAAAUAUAUGAAUAUAA